AUGCAGGCAACACAGGAGAAGCACCUGGAGGCAGGGAAGAAGAGGCAAGAACAGGCUAAGGAAGCCCUAAAGGAGCUGCAGGAGAUGCCGGAGAAAGGCAGACCCCGAGAGGAAGAAGCUGUGAGGAAGAAAGAGGAGCAGCUGUGGCAGGCUAUGGAGAUCCCCGCUGAGUUCUGGGCGCAGCGGCCCCAAGAGCCUCUGAGGGAGGUGACAGAGCGGAUGCAUUCACAAGUGGCCCUUCCAGAGCAGGCAGUGGCCGGAAGUGAGAAUCUCCCUGACAAUGAAGUUUUAAGAUGGGCUUCUGGAGGCCUGGCCCUCCAAGGCAUUUACCAGACAAAGGAGCUCACAGACUUCCUAGAGACGCGGGAGCAGCUCAUCGAGAUCCCAGAAGGGUUCAGGCUCCUUGCUCCCAGUCAAGGGUCCCGGCUGGAGAAAAUGGAGUUUUCAUCUUCCAAACAGGAAUCUACAUUCAGGAAGGUGGUGGAGCAGCUGGGUCUCAGCUUUGGCCUCGCAGCUCAAGGUAGCUUGUGGGGAAUAUGUGCAGAGACCAGCCAUGAUUACAGCAGAUCUUCAGAAGAGAAAGGAACCUCCGAGUCCCACUCUGAACAUGCUUAUUUUUGCACAGCCCAGUAUAACUACAUCCCACUAGCCUCAUGCCACUUUUCAAAGGACCAGCUCAGACUCUCCAGUGCAGCUUUGCAAGAACUGAGAGAGAUCGAACGGCUCUCACGACACGUCUCUGCGAAGGACAUGGGUAAUAUGCUGAAGAGCAGGUGUGAGAGGUUUUUCAAAAGGUUUGGCUCGCAUGUGAAGCAGGGACCCUUUCACUUUGGUGGCAUAUUCUGGUGGAGAGCAUCUGCUGAGGGCAUUAAGAAGGAAGAGCAACAACAGACUAAGGAGCAAAUCUCGGAUGCUCUCAGCUCCUGUGUAGAAUUCAGCUAUGCUGGCACUGUUGGUAGCAUUGCAUUGGGUCUCAAGGGAUCCAAAACAGGUUCCUCAGCAUCUUCUGACGGUGCUGCUUCCAAGAGGUCUCAAACAUCAGUUCAGUGCUCUGUCACCAAGACAGGUGGCCCCCCUGAAGUGGAUUUGCUCAUACCUUGGAAAACUGGUCUCUUGGCAAGUAAUAAAACCUGGAGUGUCAUUGAUCAAGGUGAACAGUUCAUCCCUGUGUGGGACUUUGUUCUGUCCAAUCACAGGAAAGGUUUGGGUGAUGUUCUGAAAGUGAGUAAGAGCCUCAGGGAUUCCUACGUGGCCCUAACUGACAAAAAAAUAAAUACAUCAUGUGGGGAGGAGCUGAUUGUGGCUGAAGAAGAGGCCCUGGCAUUCUUGGAGGACCUCAAGGGCUGGAAAGUCACGGGUGAUCAAGAUAAAAUAGUGGAACUGAUUAACUUCAAACGGAACCUGUAUGAGAAGACCAAGUCGGACAGAAUAUGGAUUAAUGUUUGCCUGUCAGAUCCAGCACUUCAGCGUUUCCUGGAACAUACAGUUUUAUCGUACAAAAAUUCACAGCCCCCAAACAUCAAAUAUAACAGGUUUCUUCUCCGCUGCCUUCUAGACCCUCACAUCUAUUCAGUCUCCAAUUUCUCCAGUUCCUCGGUGAUCAUGGAGUGGAUCUUUGCCACUGAAGAAGAACAGCUGGAAGACAUUUCUGUCACAAACAUGGUUGACUUUAUUGGAAACCUUCAUCAGAGGAAAAAGAGCAUCCAGGAAACCAGGCUGAGUCCUGCAGUCUCUGCAGCAGCAGAGCAAGAGGCCAAGGUGGAAGUGACCACAUAUUUGAGUUCAGAUUUAUGUUCCUUACUGAAAGCCCUGAAGGACACCUCCCAGAAGGACAUAGAACUGUUGCUGCUCUCAAUUGUGUGGAGUGUAGGAUACCACACGGAACGCCAUUUUUUCCAAUAUCUCCUUGGAGCUUCAGAAAUUGACUUCAUGGCAAUGGAACUGCAAAAUGUGCAUGAGAAAUAUCUUGCUCUCUGUGGUCAGGAUGUGUAUAGAGCUCAGGCGUUCCUUCUUCUAAUGGGUCUGACAGUAUCAGUUGAUCAUAAAGAUGUGCCUCUAGAUGAGAAAAGCAGGCGUUUGGCUUUUAUGAAUAAACACAUGCAAAACUCCUGGACAAAGGAAACCGCUAAUGUCCUCAAAAAGCAUGAUAUCAAUACUAACUGGACAUUGCUGGAGAGAGAUUUGACUCACCUUAUUGAUGGGAAUUAUGAAAUUGCAAAUGAUGAGCAACAGGCAGGGCAUAUCCUAAGAGAAUUAGGAAGUAUAUUCCAGGAAAACAAUCUCACAGGUAGCUCAGAAUGUAAAGUUGUGGAUUCUAACCAGGACCAAGCUUGCAGUAACAUCCAAAAUCAUGAGUUCUUGAAUUUGAUCAAGACACUUGAGCUAGAAAAGUACUACCCAAACAAAAUGCAGAUGACAGACUUCCAACUCAUUCACAAGACAUCUUUAGAGCCCAGGGAUGAAAGAGAGCUGCCACUUUGUUUCUUGGAGAAACUGUUGACAUUGGACCAUCGAGUGAGGUAUCUGGUUUGUAAAGAUCACACUAGUAUUACACAAGGUGAAGCCUAUGUGCCAGGUGCCAUGGACGAUGAUCUGGAUUUCAUUUUUGGUGAUGUUAGUGAGGAGUGUCAUGAAGUUAUGCCGAGUGCUCUGAAACAUAUCCACCCAAUGGAUGUCCAGAUGGCCAUGUUCCAUUGUGCAGAUGAUUUCAUGAGGCAGUACAUUGCAACAAAGCUCUCCUUCUGCCAGUUUGCCCUCCCACUUUUGGUGCCAAAUCCUUGCACUUCGCAAAUAGAAUUCCCUCUCUGGUCCUUCUGUCAGGUUAACAAGAAAUGGAAAUGUGCUGAGAUAUUUCAAGAGAAGAUAAAGACUAGAAAAUGCAGAGAUGAACUGAUUUAUCAGGCAGUUACCCCUGUAGUGUCUUUCAUAAGAAUGAGCACAUCUUCAUCUUCCAAAUCCCAGCUUUUGAAUCAUCUGUUGAGUAAGCAAAAACACAAUAUCUUUUUCCAUCGCAACUCUAAAGGGAUCAGCAAGAACUGUAUUCUGAUGAAAGGCAUGGUGGAAAUUGCUUGGUAUUGUCCAGGUGGGAAGGAUGAUGAUGCUUUUGACACUUGCAUUGCAUUCACCAAUCUUCAUGGAAAUGCAUCAGAAUACAAGCAGCAAGCCCGAUUUUUGCAGGAGAUUGCCUCUGUCACUGUUGUCCUCUUGUCAGAAAGUGAUUGGACUGGAGAUGGCAAAACCUUUCUAGGUGAACUCCUCAAGUCUCCACAGCCUUUCAUUUUCCUCUGUGCUGACAAAGAGCAAAUUUCCACUAACAGGCAUAAAACACGAGUGAAAAUAGCUGUCAAAAACCGUAACGAGGCAGAAUUAGUCGAUGAGCUGACAAAAAUAAUUAAGUCUGCCCUAAAGAUUUCAAAAACUAGUUAUAGUCUGGAGAAGUGUGCCCCCCUUGCCAGAAAGCACGGCUUCCUUGUGGAUGAAGACAAAGAGGAGUGUGAAAGCGGGAAAAGAAUGGCUAAACAAAUAGUAAAUAUUCUGAAAAAAGAGAAUAAUCUAGCAAAAAUAAGCAAGCUUCUGCCUCUGCAAGGACAAUUGUGGCAUGAAUGGUGUAAGAAAGAGAGAGAACGGACUCAUUUGCAAGAUCACGAGAACAUGGGGCUUGAGCAGCAGAUUAGCCAAAUACAUUCCGCAAAGCAAAGAAUAAGGAAAGAUCAGCUCAGUCAGGUGGUCCCCCUUAAUGACCUUAUGCAAUCAUUUCUUACAUAUCUGCACUCCCCUUCACAUAAACUCAAAAUUUACUUUCUUCAGUGGCUGAAAAUAUUUCUGGAUGACCUGUCCAUAGACCACUUACCAGAACAUCGAACAGAGUAUUGUACUAUGUGGACACAGAUGCAGGAAAGAGAAAAUAGCAACUUGCAUAAUAAACCAGAAGAACUAUCCAAUGCAAUAAACGAGUCCACCUUUGGCUUAGAACACCUUCUGAGAGAGGCAGGUCAGCUUUAUGAAGCCCUGGUUGAUUCUACACCUCAGGAGAAUCAGGUUGUCCAGUUCCUGCCACAGAUAGCCGCUGAUCUGAUGAUUUCAGGGUAUCCAGUUGAGCUGAUGGAUGGGGCUGCUUCACAUGUGCCCUUAAAAUGGGUCAGUGCCAUCUUUGACAAAUUAGUUGAGAAACUGGGAGACAAAGAAGUGUUUGUUCUUUCUGUCCUCGGUGUGCAGAGUUCAGGGAAGUCAACCUUCCUGAAUGCAAUGUUUGGCCUUCAGUUCAGAGUCAGUCCAGGGAGAUGUACUAAAGGUGUUUUUAUGCAACUAAUCAAGGUGGCUGACUGCCUCCGGCCAAGGUUGAACUUUGACUUCUUGCUAGUUGUUGAUACAGAGGGACUUCGGGCCACAGAACUAGAGAACAGAUCCAUGCUUAAUCAUGACAACGAGCUAGCCACCUUCGUCAUUGGCCUUGGAAACAUGACUGUGAUCAAUAUCUUUGGGGAGAACCCGACAGAAAUGAAAGACGUUCUUCAGAUUGCUGUGCAGGCUUUCUUGAGGAUGAAGCAAGUAAACCUCUCUCCAAGCUGCUUGUUUGUGCACCAAAAUGUUGGGGAAAUAACCACAGAAGAAAAAAACCGGGAGAGCCGAAGAUGUACCCAGAAAAGUCUGGAUGAAAUGACGGUCACAGCAGCUCAGCAAGAAUCCUGUGAUGUGAAAUGCUUUAGUGAUGUGAUCCAUUUCGAUGUGAACUCCCAUGUGCACUAUUUCCCUCACCUCUGGGAAGGAGAGCCGCCCAUGGCACCACCAAAUCCCAGUUACAGCCAAAAGAUACAAGAGCUGAAAUGCAGGAUUCUAACAGAUGCAAAGGAAAAAUCUCAGCAGGGCUUUCUGAGAAUGUCUGAAUUAAAUACACGCAUCCAGAACCUGUGGGAGGCUCUACUGAAUGAGACAUUUGUUUUCAGCUUUAAAAAUUCCCUGGAGAUUGCUGCCUACAGUAGCCUAGAGAACAAAUACAGCAAAUGGAGUUGGGAACUGAGGCGCUUCAUGCUUGAUCUGCAGCAGAAGUUGAACAUCCAGAUUCAAAAUGAUAAAUCCUACAGCAUAGAGAGAUCAUUUCUGAAAGGAAGUGUUCAAGGCAAAUAUGAAAGUAUAAUGGUGGAGUUCGAGAAAUAUUUUUGUGAAGAUAAACACAGCAAGCUAAUAAUUCAGUGGAAAGGGAAGACUAAAAUUAAAUUAGACUAUUUAAUUGAUGAGCUCGUCAAUGCAACUCAUAAAAAAUGUGAAGAGCUUAUUAAUCUGAAGCAGCGCCAGAGGCUUUUUGAAGAAAGGAAAUACAAAUACAAAGAUGAAUUGCUUAGAAAGAGCAAAGAAGUGGCCCAAGAGUUCAGAGAAAAAGAUCUGAGUGAAAGUGAACUGAGAAAUUACUUUAAUGGCUUAUGGCAACAGUGGAUUACUGAAGUGGCCCCUCCCGUGUCUCACAAUAAAAAGCCCAAUAUUCAGGUUGACAUGGAACAUUUCCUUUGUGACCACUUCAGAUGUGAACGUGAUAUAAAGAAUAGGGUUAAACAAUCCUCUGAAUGGACAGCUUUUCCUGUUGAAGCUUCUCGGUUCUUAUUUGUGAAAACACUUUUCCUUGGAGAAAAUAAAGCUGCUAACAAAAGCCGCCAAGAAGUAACAGUCCAGCUGGAGAGGCUUGUUGAGGAAUAUAUCAAGAAGAAAGAAGAAGAAAUUAUGAAUUACAGCCCCAGCUAUUUUCAUGCGAUUGUGAAGAAAUUAGAAGAGAAAAUAUCUGAAGAUAAACACCUGAAAUCUUCCUACCGAGUGGAUGCUUCACUGUAUUUGUGCCAGAGGGCAGCAAGAAAAUUUACAGAAAUGUAUGAAGUAUUCCAGAGACAGAACGAUCCCGCCAUCUUCCUUGAAAGCCAGAGAGAAGACUAUUUUCAGUCCUUUGUCAUAUCCUGCCAAGGAGAAAAAUCCAUCACCACAUUUGCCACCUUUCUGUGCAAUCAGCUUGAGGAGUCAAUCUGUUGUACAAUCUACGAAAAGACUGCCCUUGAUGUAGCUGAUGAGAUGAAGUCUGAAGAUCCAGCUCUUAGUGGAAAUCGAGAAAAACUGGAAAGGUACUUGCUGAUUCAUCUUGCUGAGCAGGAAAACUUCGAGAAAUACAUGGUUUACAUUUAUGACCCCAGUUACUAUAUGGGGGAAUUUAUCAGACAACGAGUUGACAAGUAUUGUUUAGCUGGAGAGAAGCAAAUAUUAAAGAAUUAUUUAAACUCUCAUCUCAGUGGUCUCAAAAGUCUCAUUCUUGAUGCCAUUAAUGACUCAACAAGAAUUGUUAAAGAUAAAGGAGGCCACGUAUCCCUGUGGUUGGAUGAAUUCUGCAGCAGGAUAGGAGAUGACCUGAAACUCCCAAGGCACACCUUCAGUAACAUCGAGCAUCAAGAGGUGAAAGACAUCGAGUUGAUUAAAGAAGCAGUGAGUGAUUCAUUGUGCACUGCCUUUGAUCAUCUAGAACAAGCAUUCGCUAACCCUGACUUUGAAGCUUUUCCUGCAAAACCCCAUGAGAUCCUCUUGGAGCAGCUUUGUGGCUGCCUGAAGCAGUGUCCCUUCUGCAAAGCGGUUUGCACAAACACCAUUCCAGGUCAUGAUGGAGACCACAGCACUCCUUUCCAUCGUCCUCAGGCCAUAGCCGGCAUCCAGUGGGAAGGGACAAACCACCUUGUCACUGAUAUCUGCUCCAGUCUCGUGGCAAGCGAUUCCACUUUCGUGCUGGAUGGGAAGAAAAUUCCUUGCAAAGAAUACCGAAAAGCAGGAGGUGAUUAUGCCCAGUGGAACAUCCAACCAACUAUGAAUACAUUGUGUUGCUGGAAAUGGUUUGUCUGCCACUUUAGAAAGGAAUUAGAGGACAUCCACAAAGGGGUAUUUGAAGGAAAGGGAGCAAUACCAGAGAACUGGGGAAACCUAAGAAAAAUAUAUAUUAUUCGGGAAAUAAAAUUUGGUGGGAGUAUGCGAAUACAUCCUUUGAAACGUUUGUUCUCCACCUCUCUUACUUAAGGAGGCCUAUUUCUCCCGCACUCAGUUUGCUGAACAAAACAGAGAUUCAGCCCUGCAGAGAAUCCCUCCCUGUGCUGGUGCCUCCUUUGCAUUGCUUUUUCAGUUGUUACCUUAUUUGGGACAGGGAAGCAUUUUCUCAGACUUUCGCUAUGGAAAGCGCUUUGAGAACGUCUUGUUCAAAAGUGGCAUAGACACAUUUUGAAUAAUUGUAUUUAACUGAUCGGCAACUAGUUUUAUGCUGGAAACAAUUUUGAGGAGGAGGAGGUGGUGGAGAGUGGUGGGUCAGGGGGCCCUGAUUCUCAAAGCACCAGCAAUCCCCAUAGCCACACUUGGCACUUGCCUGUGGGUUGAUAACUGGGGGGGCCUGCAGCAGGGCCUCUGCAGGGGAUCAACUUGAGCCCUGGGGCCUCUGGUUGCUGAUCCCAGCUAUAGAACGGCUUCAUGCCUGCCUGAGGUGCAGCAGCCUCUUUCUGUGCAGCAGAACACACACACCCCUCCACAGCCUGCCCACACCCUACGUGCAUGCAGCAGGCAUCCUUUGCUUCCUGCCCUGUUUGAAUCUUGUUUCAGCUCCACUCCUCCUCCUCCCUCCUCCUCCUCUCCAGCUUCUGCGCCUCUUCUAGCCCUGUUUGCUUGUUGUACAGACUACCUGGAACAGAUCCUUCUUUCCUUCUUGAACCUCAAGUGAUCCUAGCCCCUUUGAGGGAAAUGCCCCCCAAAUGCUGGCUUGGAAUAUUUCCUUUGGCAUGUUGCUGUCUCUGGUUUCUGCUGCUCCCCUUUGGGGCCUGCUCUUGCAGCUCCACUCUCUGGACCCUGAACUUUCAAGGAGGCAUCAGAUCAGGCCAACUAAUGCAUGAUAGAAGCGGAGAGAGUGACUCAGUAACUGGACAUAAUUUUUCAAUCAAAAAUUUUAAGUAGUUCUCUUUCCUUGGAGUGUACUUCUUUGUUCCAAACAAAUGUGUAGGAAAUGCUUGAAAGGACUGGAAAUUAGAAAGAAAGCAUGCUAGAUUGCCGUUCUUUGGUUUUUGGUUUUAAAACCCAUUCUUAAAUACUAGGCAUCUUGGUAACCCAACUGACUUAAUCAGAAUGACCAAAAAAACAUUCUUUUUCUCUCAAUGCAUAUGUAACUUAUGGAGUUUAUUGAUUUUAACUUUUAACUUUCUAAUUUGUAAGGUUUAAAUUCAGUCUUAACUUGAUCUUGUUUUAUUAAUUUUAUAUUGCCUUUAUAUUUUAUCUGUUUUAAUUUAAAUUUAACUUGAUUUUAAUUCUGGGAUGUUGGUUGUUAGUGAUAAAUGGUGGCCUUCUUCCAAAGAUACUCCCACACCAAGUCAAAGGUCAGCAAAGUCAGGAUGGUGGGCUGGCACUUGUGACCUGAAGUCGUGGCUCUGGAGCCUGGAUUGAUGGCACAUGUUUGGGACAAAGGGAUUUCCCAGAGGUAACAGAGUCCCCUGCUGAGAGAGAACGGGAAACUGGGGGCUUCUUUCCCCUCUAUUCCACACCUCGAAGGGAGGAGGGAACACGCUAAUCAAGAAGAUUAAUAAGUAAUUAUUAAUAAUAAUCAAUAAGGCACCCGUGGGAUUCUUGCUGGAUCACUUGAUGGAGCAUCCUCUGCUUCAGCCCCUCUGUUCUUCUCCCUUUUCCGAAUUCUUGUAAAUCACACAGAUAUUUGUAUAUGGGGUGGUAUGAAAAUGCAGGACAUUAGAUAGAUAGAUAGAUAGAUAGAUAGAUAGAUAGAUAGAUAGAUAGUCAGUCCCCUGCCAUGUCUCUUCAUUUUUGGCUUUCUUCCUUAAUUGUCUUUAUUUGUAUUGCUCUCUUAAUGGCUUUCCCUGAUCCCAUCUGGAAGGCUCCCCUCUGGACAGAGGGCUAUGCGUCUUCUUUUCUUACAUCUUGCUCUGCCAAACAUCUUUGUUUCUUGCUUAGUUAGGAUGUUUCCUUUUGUCUCUCCUAAUCUGGGCAUUUCUCUUUCUUAAUAUAUUUCCCCGCUUUCUGGAGUGAAGAAGACUCCUCUCCAGAGGGAGAGUGACAGAGCUACUGCACUGCGUCCUCAACGGCCUCUUCGGCUUGAUUCCUCCAGAGUAGUGAGGAUGUGCUUGCAACUCCACAGAGGUAGCUAGGAGGCACAGAAGUGGAGCUUAUAGGAACAUUUGAUAGUUUACUCUUGGGAAUAAUGCAUUCUUAAGAAUUACUUAUUGUUGUUUUAAUUUCCUAAAACGUGUUAUUGCUAAUAUUCAAAUAUUCUUUUAAAAAAAAUUACCCCCUUUCCCAUUUAUUUGCAUAAACUGUUCUUGCAGUUGUUAACAUACAGAGGAUAAGUUCCUUUAUUUCUUUUCUCUCUCGGAGUCCAAAUAAUUUAGUAGACAUAUCACAAAGUCCACUGCUCAUUCUUUCCCUUUUUUGAGUAAGUUUUUUGGGCUUACUCAAAGAAGUAAGAAGUAUGAGAAGCUCUUUGAAAGACUUUCUUUCCGCUUCCUCUUGCUUGCUUUCUCCUUUUUAGUCAAAUCUUGUUACAUUUUUUGUAAUAUGUAUUAAUUUUGUCUGAUUAUUUUGGUUUUAAAUGGCUGGAGACUUCUAGAGACUCCUCAGCUCAUAGCUUGGUAGACAUCAAAUUGCAUUGCAUUGCGUUUCAACUGUGACUCUUCUUUAAUGCUGAGGCGCUUCACACAACACGUGUGAAGCGCCUGACGGGGUUCUGUGGGGAGAGAGGGCUUAACCCACUCUCCCCGCAGACAAGCAGCUGCUCAUAGCUGGGCAGCCGCAUUGACUGCCCACACAGCUGCCGGAUCCAUCACGCAAGUGCGUGGGGCUUCCUGGAGAGACCCCCAAACCUGGAGGUCUCCUUGUGUGUUGCCACGGUGCGGAGCCACACAGCGGCAGCACCCAAGCAACCAAAUGGGGUUAGCGGAGCACUAGCUCCACCAGCCUUGUUUAAGGGGAGGGGUCCCAGAGGCGUAAUUAGGGAAAACGGCGCCUAGGGCAAGCACUGAAAUUGCGCCCCGGCCGCAUGUAUCACGUUGCAGAAAGUCCUCUAGUGGGACCACGGCUAGUCCUCGAGUGGCGUUUCGGGCAAAAUCAGUUUUGUUUUGAUACUUUUGAUCUUAACGGACACUGAUCCCACCAUUAACAAAUGGGGGGUGCGUGCGUGUGUGAGUGAGAGAGAGACCCUGGCAAGCCACUAGAGGGCCUGCUCAUAAGCUCCGCAAGGUUAGAAGCGACGAAGGCAAGCAGCAUUGCACUGCAGCAAACUUUAGGCGCCUGCGGCGCCCAGCCAGCUGGAGCCAAGCAAUGGGGGGGGGCCCCGCCGGGACCACUCGUGGGGGAGGGGGCAUCACAUGCUCCUUUGACUGCUGCUGCGCUGCCAUUAAAUAAAUUUUUAUUUUUUUAAAAAAAAAUUUCAGUAAGGGGGGGAUCGGCAGGGGGGUCAUGGCACUUUUUGGCGCCCCCUACCAAGUGGCGCCCAGGGCACGUGCCCUGCCUGCCCCCCCCCCCUGUGGUUACGCCCCUGAGGGGUCCUUUAGCUAAUUUGCUGCCAGGAGCCACGAGGCAGCAGACAACCAGGAGAAAUCGGGCCCAGCUCCCUUAGCCCAGUUUCUCCUGGUCGUGUUGAUGUGAAUACCGGUUCGUCCCUGGGUCCGCCUUUUUGCCAAUCAAACAGACUCAGUGGGGAUCAAUUAGAGGCAAUUUUAUUUGCUGCUGCAGCCAGCAAGGUAAAUCAAUGGGCUGUUGCUCUGCAUUGAGAUACAAAUUGGUUAUAGGUGCAUCUUACAUUUAUACAGACAAUCUGAAUGAUGUUGACCCCUAGACAUUGGGUGCCAAUGUCUAGGGUGUCAACAUACUUGGCAACAUGUUUUGUUGCCAACAUACUUGGCAACAAAAUGGUGGACUAAGUAUCUAGUAUGCAUGCGAAUGAUUCCUUGUUCAUCUGGUGAUCGCCCCUUAUUUGGUUACAUCCUGUUUUCCAAACUGUCAGCAAAGAACAGUGAGAAUUCAUCUGGUGAGAACCAAGUUUCUUUAGAUACAAUUUAGUGGAGAAAGAUAAUGACGUUGAUCAUGUGAGGCCGUGUCCUUGAGCUGGCCUGAGCUGGGCUGGGGUUACUUUAAGUUAGAGUGAGGUAUUCUAAGUAAAAUGGAGAUACUUUGGUUUUCUAAAACACAUCAGUGUGAAUAGCUUCACUGUCUAUUUCGGAGAUUUAAGGAGGAGGGGGAACAGGAGUCUGUUUUUUUGUCUAGUUGUACGAAGCUUAUCAUGUUGCAUUGAAAAUGUUUCUUUCAAAGUCUCUUCUCUGUAAAUGCAUCAAAGUUUCUUUGUUUAUUUCCCCCUUAAUUUCUGUGUAAACCAUUCCAUGCCAGAAUAAACCACUUUAAUUGGUUUCACUAAAAGCA